AUCUCAAUUUUGAGCAGCCCUAACGUUCAUGUGCAGGUAAUCAAACCUCAGAAUCAAGAUAAUCCUAAUGCGUCACGAUUUAAACACAUUUAUUAACACUCGGCUUCACAAGAGCGAUGCUCAGUUAGCGGUUGACCAUGCGGCAAUUUCUGAUACUUUUGGUCGUGGUGGGUUUGGGCUCAGCCUUACGACCUCGAAUUAAUUUCCCAGAGGCUCGAGUGAAGGAACUGGGAUUGGCACGUCCAAAAAUCGAGGCAGCAUCCGAUGGAAUCUCGAAUCGGAUCAAAUCUGGAUAUUCCAAGCCAGUGGAGGAAGGUGGAAGUUUAGAUCUGUGGUGUUCAUUUGAAACUCGAUUAGAAUCUCCUCAGUCCUGUUCUUGGACAAGACCGGAGGGAAGUAUCUUUAUUGUUGAUAAUGGAAUCGUCACCAACGAGGAUAGCGAAGUCGUGGAAGGAAUAACCUCGAACACGACCUCUGACCAAGACUGUCACAUUCAAGUGGCUCAACUCAAACAAGAGCAAAUUGGGGAUUGGACAUGUCAAUUUGACGUUUCGGACGCUCUGCCAUUCCAAAGGUCGACCUUGGCAGUCACGGACCAACUCCGGAUCACUGACGUGCGAUUGCCUGGAGACUUUAGCCCAACAUCGUACAACGUAUUCCUGACGCCCUUCAUUAUUCCCGAUAACUUUACGAUUGAUGGUAGGGUUGAGGUUGAAGCUGAGGUUCUUCAAGACACUUCCACCAUAAAGAUACACGCCAAGGACAUGACCAUCCUCGAGGACACCGUGUUCAUCAAUGGCGACGCUUCUAGCAUUCUUGGUUUUGGGAAUGACAUUGCUAGAGAGUUUUUUAUCUUGUAUUUGGGCUCCCCGCUCUUGAAAGGAUCCCAAGUUCAGAUCACCAUAAACUUUAUCGGCAACUUGAAUGACCAAUUGGCCGGAUUUUACAGGAGCCAGUACACUACUCCAGAGGGUGAAGUUCGAUAUAUUGCCACGACUCAAUUUGAGGCCACUGAUGCUCGAAGAGCCUUUCCUUGUUUUGACGAACCUGCUCUCAAGGCCACAUUUCAAGUGAGCUUGGGGCGUCUUCCGACCAUGUCGUCUAUCAGCAACAUGCCCAUCGAAAGCGAGGGUCAGCCCAUGGAAAACAACAAUGAGUAUGUGUGGGACAUUUAUCAAAAGACGGUGACCAUGUCCACGUACUUAUUGGCAUUCGUGGUGUCUGACUUCACCUUCCGGCAAAGCGAUCCCCUGCCAAACAACGUUGACUUUCGCAUCUGGUCCAGAGAGAGCGCAAACUCUCGAACUGAAUAUGCCGCACAGGUGGGACCAGCCGUUUUGGCUUAUUACGAAGAUUACUUUGGCGUGGAAUUUCCUUUGCCCAAGCAAGACAUGAUUGCUAUCCCGGACUUCAGCGCCGGAGCGAUGGAAAAUUGGGGCCUCAUCACUUAUCGUGAAACGGCGCUUCUCUACGACCCUGAAGUGUCAUCCGCAGGUCAGCGAGUGUAUAUAGCUACGGUUGUGGCCCAUGAAUUGGCUCACCAAUGGUUUGGAAACCUUGUCACCAUGAAAUGGUGGUCUGACUUGUGGUUGAAUGAAGGAUUUGCCGCAUACACCGAAUAUAUUGGUGCUGAUCACGUUGAGCCUGAGUCUGCCAUCAAGGAUAAGUUCGUCCUCGAAUCAAUGUACGGUACAUUCGAGGUGGAUGCUUUAGAAUCCUCUCAUCCCAUUUCGAUUGAUGUGAAUCACCCAGACGAAAUCAAUGAGGCAUUCGAUGGGAUCUCAUACGGAAAGGGAGCUUCGGUUAUUCGAAUGAUGGCCAACUUCCUCGGGAUCGAAACUUUCAACAAAGCCAUUACGAAUUAUCUGAAGAAAUACCAGUACAGCAACGCUGCUCAAGAUGAUCUUUGGAACGAAAUUACUACCACUGCUAUUGCCGAGGGUCAGUUGGAUCCUGAUCUGACAAUCAAAGAGAUCAUGGACACGUGGACUUUACAAAAGGGAUUUCCAGUCAUCACGGUCACGGUAGACACAGCCAAGUCCCAAAUCACUUGUAGUCAAACCCGUUAUCUAGCUUCAGAACCGGAAAAGGGCAAGUCCUCACAGUUUGAUUAUAAAUGGUGGGUUCCAAUUUCGUAUACGACAGCCGGAGGAGACUUCCAAGACACAAGAAACGAGUUCUGGCUGACACCCUCGGAUAACGGACCGAAGACUUUCGAUAUCUCAGCCUCGGAAUCUGACGCCAUCAUUGUGAACGUUCAGCAAACGAGCUUCUACAGAGUUAACUACGAUUCCGCCAAUUGGGAAAGCAUCGCUGAAGCGCUUGAAUCGGAUUAUGAAACGAUUCAUCGAGUGAAUCGAGCUCAGAUCUUGGAUGAUGCUUUCAACUUGGCCAAGGUUGGACUUUUGACAUACGAAGAUGCUUUGGCCCAAACGCGAUAUUUGGCAGGGGAAACAGAUUUCAUCCCUUGGUCCGCUGGCCUCUCCGGGUUCGCUUACAUUAAAAGCAUGUUCAAGAGGGAACCUGGCUUCGGCGACCUCAAGGAGUACCUCAAUAGAACCCUUAGCCCCAUCUAUGCCGACCUCGGCUUUGACUCAAAACCUGAUGACAGCUUUCUGAAUGCUGAGCUUCGCACCAAAGUUAUCUCUUCCAUGUGCAGUCUAGAAAAUCGAGACUGCACCAACAAAGCAGCUGCCAAAUUCAACGAGUGGAUGGAAUCCCCCAACCCCGAUUCUACGAACCCAAUCGAUCCGGACAAGAAGUCAACGGUGUAUUGCAUUGCUAUUGGUCUUGGAACCGAGCUCGAAUGGGAUUUCCUUUGGGCACGAUUCCUCAACACCGAUGACGCUUCGGAGCAAGGAACCAUAUUGUCUGCUUUGGGAUGUACAAAAGAGAUUUGGAUUCUCCAGAAAUAUCUCGACAUGGUUUUGGACCCGGAUUCCAGCAUUCGGAGCCAAGAUGGAUCUCGAGUGGUCAGCAGUGUCGCCAAUAAUGUGGUCGGCAGAGACCUGGCUUGGGGUUGGGUUCAAGAGGAAUGGGAUCGUAUUGUGGAGGUCUUUGACACGGCCAUCAGUUCCUCAGUGGGUCGAUUCGUCACCUCGUGCACGUCCAGUUUCAAUAGGCCUCAACAAUUGGCCGAAUUGGAACAGUUUUAUGAUGAUCACUUGGAUACUCUUGGAACAGCAAAGCGGGACACGGAAAAUGCCAUCCAGACCACCAAAGCUAACAUCGAUUGGAUGAACCAAUAUUACCAAGUGAUCGUUGAUUGGCUUGAAGACCAAUUGACCCCUCAGUAAAGAAAUAGCGUCAUUUAUUGAAUGUAUGUGUGGAAACUUGUUCCAACUCUUUCCGAGCUUUCUAAAAACUUGUUCAAACCCACCAAAACAUAACAGACAUUUUCGAUCUUUUCUUGUCCUUUUGCUAUCGCUUAUUUACUACUUGUAACAGCAAAAAAAAAAUUCAUUGAUUUGGAAAUAAGGGUGGUUCGACUUCGACAGGUUAAAUAGUACAUACUAGCUAAUUCGAAUGUUUUUCCCUUCCAUUUAUCAGACGCCAUCCGUUCAUUUUGGCUUAUUCUUUGGAACUAAAGGCAACUCCAAAAGAACACGAGCAGAUCUUGCAACCCCGCUCGGAAGUCAUUGGCAUAGAAGGGUCACCCAAAAAAUUUCCGGUAAUGGCACUCCGACAUGACAAUGUCAAUUUCUGGAGAGAACCACUACCAAUUAGCAAAUGCCCUUCGAAAAACGUACCUUACUCUUUUGUGCAAAAACCUGUAUAUAGUGAGUCAUCAAUAAGCUCCCCUAAAUGAGCUGAAAAUUCAAUUCAACACACAGUAGUGGAUUGAAGAUAGAAUAACUGUUAUUGUUGCUAAAAGAAAAUAUUCAUGUCGUGCAAAAUGGAGCCAUGUUCCAUGCAUGCAAAAUAAGGUCAAAAAAACGCAGACAUCGUUGUCGAUGGCUGUUAACUCAAGUCAAGGCUCUUGAGCUUACGAAAACAAAUGAGGACCCUUGUGCAAAACUCCAGGACUUACCAAGGACAUUUGUAAGGUCAUACACUAUCUCUGAACCCCACCUGUCUUGAUGACAUUUGGCUCCAUCUUGCAAAGGCAAAGUUUUUCUUUCUUAUUCUUUUAGCACUCAAACACAUGACUUCAUCAAAUUAAGGAUCUUUUUCAAACACAUUUCAAAUAACUGUUAACAGAUCUGUUAAAAAUUCGUGGCUCUCACCACUAAGUCAGUUUCGGUUUGAAAAUAAGAAAUUUUGCUGGGCUACUGAUCUAGUAUACGGAACCCUCGACGAAAAAUAUCCAUGACUGUAUGCAAGUGUUUCAUUUCUCUUUCAUCCAAGAGAGCUUUGUGAAAAAAGCAAGGAAAGCGGCUGGGUAGGAUAUGAAAAAGGGUCCCCUUUGAACAUAUUUAAGGCAACAAAGGCCAAAAAGGCGAGCAGAACACCUUGACAACGGACGCAACGGGGCGCACUAGGCGGCCUGAUUCAGACCGGAAGGUUUCCACUCUCUCGUACAAAAGACGACGACGACAUGCAGGACUUUCCUACUGUUUAAUCAGUGUCAGGAUAUGUGAGCAGUCAGUGCCUAGAAGAUACUUGAAAGAAAAGUCGUAACUAUGGGUCGCAGAAAAAUGUCGGAAACCGAUGCCGAGGAGGUCAUCCAUCGGCAAUUGGUCGAGAGUGGGGAGCGUGAACGGCUUCGCGAGAAGUUCGGUCGACAACUUCAAGAAAGUGGAUGGUGGGAUCAAGUACGAUCCGAGAUCAAGGACACCAUCAGCAACCGAGGUUAUACCAAUGUCAAUGUCGAGGACCUAGUUCAGGAGAUCAUGCCCAAAGCAUUGGCCAUGGUACCGGCCAAAAGCAAGCAGGACUUGACCAAGGACGUCAAGCGCUUUUUGAGCGAGAAUAGCGAGGCUUAGAAUGACCUUGGCUGAUGUCGAAAAUAUCCCGUCCCAAAUUCAGCAAAGGAGCCGAACAGACGAUUUGAUUUCUAUUUAGUUAUUCCAUUGAUCUUUAAUCACAUCGGACAGCAACUAGCAGAAUUAUGAAUUUCGAUUUCUUCACCAUAUCCAUCCUUCUUGCAUACAGUACAAAGGCGCUCAAUAAAGUAUCAUAACCUGUUGUGCUUCUAGCAACUAAAACUAUGCAUAUAUCGAA